AUGAAUUACGAUUUUACUAUUGAUUACAAAAAUGAUCCGAUGGUUACAUUAGGUGCAAUGUCUAUUGUUUGUCAAUAUUGUUUAGCUUUAAAAUGGAAAGAUGAAUCUAAAGGAAUGUGUUGUUCAAAUGGUAAAAAUAAAUUAGUAGAGAUUUGUCCCCCUCCUGAACCAUUGAAUUCUCUCCUUACAGGUGAUCAUCCUAAACAUGGAGAAUUCAAACUACAAGGCCAGGUAUAUCGUUUGGCUGGCAGUCUACUACCGAAUAGAUCUGACGAAUACAAAUUUUUGCAAAUAUACUUCAUUGCCGAUCCUGAAACCCAAGUGACAACUCGAUGUAACAUAGAUUCUAGGAAACUGUUAGAUAGCUCUUUGAUCAGGUCAUUACAAGAUAUGUUGCACUCACAUAAUAUAUACAUACAAUCUUUUAAAACAGCCAUUGAAAGUGUCCCUCCAAAUGUUGCCGAUUACAAUAUAGUCAUACACGCUAGCAGGGUACCAACAGGUGAACAUCGAGGACGUUAUAAUGCGCCAUCUACAAGCGAGGUAGCCGUAGUGAUAUCUGGCCAACAAUUUCAUAAACGAGAUAUUGUACUGUGUAGCCGAGACGAUAAUCUUAAAAAAAUAUCCGAAAUUCACAGGUCUUAUGACAGCCUGCAAUAUCCUCUAAUGUUAUGUCUUGGUGAAGAUGGAUAUUCUAUCGAUAUUCAUCAAAUUGACCCUCAUACUGGAGUUCCAUUACAAAAAACCGUUUCGUUCGAUCAAUAUUCUAAAAUAGAAUCAGAACGUUUAGCGUACAUACGAAACAAUCAGACAACAUUACGAGCUGAAAAUUAUAUACAUUUUAAAGAUGCCUUGAACUCAAAUGAGCCGAGUACCGAAAUUGGACAAUUAGUAAUUCUACCAUCAUCAUUUACUGGUGGACCACGAUAUCUUCACGAAAAGACACAAGACGCAAUGACCUAUGUAAAAAAUUAUGGCAAACCUGACCUAUUUAUCACUGUAACAUAUAAUUCAAACUGGGAAGAGAUUAAAACUAAUCUUCAUCCUAACGCACAGCCGCAAGACAGAUAUGACAUAAUCAAUAGGGUGUUUCAUUUGAAAAUACAAAAACUAUUGACUCUCAUUAAUAAAGCUAAUAUAUUUGACAAUCGAAAUGAAGUGGAACAAUUUCAAUCUGGUCAAUACAUAUGUAGUUCUGAAGCGGUUUGGCGUAUUUUAUCUUUUGAUGUACACGAACGAGCGCCUGCUAUUAUUUACUUGGCAGUUCACUUAGAGAAUGGACAAAGGGUUUUUUUUACACAACAUAAUGUCAAUGACAUUGUGAACAAUCCACGUGAUACUACAUUGACUGUUUUUUUCAAAUUAUGUGCUAAAGACGAAUUUGCUAAAACCAUAACAUAUGACAAGGUUCCAAAUUAUUAUACUUGGAAUCAAUCUAUCAAAAAUUUCCAACGACGAAAACGAGGAACCCCCGUCGAAAAUCAUCCUGGGGUAAAAAAAACUGAUACCCUUGGCAGAGUGUAUGUAGUUCAUCCGAAUAACAGUGAAUGUUUUUACUUAAGAAUGUUGCUCCACGUGAUCAAAGGUCCAAUUUCUUUUGCAAGUCUACGAACUGUGCAAGGAGUGACGUACGAUACAUUUCAAGAAGCAUGCAAAGCAAUGGGUUUGUUAGAAGAUGAUUUACAAUUAGAAAACACAUUAUCUGAAGCUACUGUAUGUUGUACUUCACCGUCUAUAAGAUAUUUAUUUGCCAUUUUGAUAGUAUUUUGCCAAGUAACAGACCCGAUAAGGCUUUGGCAAAAUCAUCGUGCAAGUAUGGCUGAAGACGUAUUGUUUCGAAAACAAAAAGAAUGUCCAUCAGAUGAUAUAAAUUACGAUGAAAAUAUUUUUAAUGAAGCUUUACUUGAGUUGAAUAAAGUGGUGCAAUUAGUUUCUGGCAAAAAUAUCACUGAUUUUGGAUUAAUUCUAUCGAACAAUAUAGAUCUGAAUACCAAUACUGAAUACUUGCGAGAGACGUCCUACGAUAGUGUCCGUCUAUUACAGGUCAUUCAAAAUGAGAGACGUUUAAACUCUGAUCAGAAAACGGUUUAUGACGCAGUAAUGACAUCUAUUAAUAAUUACGAAGGCAAAACAUUUUUCCUUGAUGCCCCUGGAGGUACAGGAAAAACAUUUUUAAUUAAUUUAUUGCUCGCCAAAAUAAGAACAGACAGAAAAAUCGCUCUUGCUGUGGCUUCAUCUGGAAUUGCAACUACGCUUUUAGAAGGUGGUCGAACUGCGCAUAGCACUUUCAAGAUCCCGCUAAAAAUGUCCUACGAUGACACAUCAAGUGUCUGUAAUAUAUCCAAACAAAGCAACACUGCUCAAUUGAUGCGGGAUUGUGUAUUCAUUGUUUGGGACGAAGCAUCCAUGUCCCACAAAAGCUCGGUUGAGGCAUUGGAUAGAACCUUGCGGGACUUACGUAAUAAAAAUACAUUAAUGGGUGGCUGUACAGUCUUAUUUUCUGGAGAUUUUCGUCAAAUCUUGCCAGUUGUAGUAAGAGGAACGAGAGCUGAUAAAGUCAAUGCAUCAUUAAAGAGAUCUUACAUUUGGUCAGACAUAACUAAAUUGAAACUGAAAACUAAUAUGAGAAUAUUAUCAUCUGACCAAGGAAAUAAAACUUUUGCUGAUGCUUUACUCCGUGUUGGUAAUGAUCAGUCACUGACUAGAAAUGGUAAAAUUGAUCUGUUUGAGCUUUGUUUUUUGAUGUCUAAUUUGAUGGACCUAAUUGAAAAUGUUUACCCAGAUUUACCUAAUAUUUCGACUAAAACGCCAAAUGCAGAGGAGGCGAUACAUUAUCCAACUGAAUUUUUAAAUUCUUUAUCACCUUCAGGGACCCCACCACACAAAUUAAUUCUAAAAAUAGGGUCUCUUAUAAUUUUACUUCGUAACUUAAGUCCACCUAAAUUAUGCAACGGUACAAGAUUACAAAUAAAGUCUUUAAAAAACUGUCUGCUUGAGUGUAUAAUCCUUACUGGCUGCGGAGCUGGGGAAAUGGUCUUGGUUCCUAGAAUACCAAUGAUACCAACCAAUUUGCCAUUCCAGUUCAAACGGCUCCAAUUUCCCGUGAAUUUAAGCUUUGCAAUGCCUAUUAAUAAGGCACAAGGUCAAACAUUAAACGUUGCAGGUUUAGACUUAACCGUCCAGUGUUUUUCCCAUGGUCAAUUGUACGUAGCUCUGUCACGUGUCACAUGCAAACAAAAUCUAUUUGUGAUGGCCCCAGAAGGUGAGACACUUAACGUGGUGUAUCCAGAAAUCUUUAAUGCUUAA